AUGAUAUCACAGAGCAGCUUCAAACCCUCAAGGACGAGCACAUUCAAUUGUAGAGGAAGCUCGCUGACAUGGAAGACCGCUCGAGGCGGAAUAAUGUCAGAUUCUGAGGCAUCCCGGACAGUGGAGUGGCUGAUGGAUAGGGCUUCCCACCUCCCUAGAUCGGAACGCUUUACCUCUGACACACUGUGCAACAUCUGUGGGAACAACAAGAACCACGUGGUUGAAGAGCUGGAAGAUGGACAGCAGCUACUCAGAGACUGGGGACAGUUGCAGGGUACCAGCAAAAGCAUUCCUCCCCUGAUGGGUAAACCAUUCCUAGACCAUAAGAUGUACGCUAUACAACCAGGGCUAACCAUUGACAAUGCCUAA